AUGUCGUCUGCCAUCGACAAAGCACUCUUUGUGACUGAAGAUGCAAAAUUCAUAGUCGAAGACAAGAUCGCUCAUGAAGAUGCCGCGCCAAAUGAGCUUUUGAUCGAGGUUCACUACUCAGGAGUAAACCCAGCAGAUAUUCGGCACUCGACCCAUCUCGGUAUCUGCUCAACUGUACUUGGUAACGAUUUUUCUGGUCGCGUCACCAAGGCCCCACCUUCGUCGGAGUUCCAACAAGGCGAUAUAGUCGCAGGCUAUACACCCUCUGGCGUGGGACGACCGAAGAAAUACGGCACUCACCAGGGCCAUCUGGCAGUCCCGGAAGACAUGGUUUUCAAAGUCCCUUCGAAUCUCCCAGAACCACACGCAGCGGCACUCACGGUAGUAGCAAUGACUGCUGCUGAUGUAAUACACAACUUGUUCAAGUUCCCCUUGCCGACAAAUCCCACAGACAUAUCCAGCCCAAUACUGAUAUGGGGCGCGUCUUCGGCAGUUGGCCUCUCAGCUGUACAGCUGGCGCGAGCCGCCGGCUGCAAGAAUAUCUUCGUAACAGCUUCUCCAACACGACAUGAGCUUCUCAGAACUCUUGGCGCAACCGAAACUUUUGAUUACUCCUCUCCGACUGUGACAAACGACAUCGCAUCCGCCGUGUCAGCGCUAGGCAGAGGCUCCAUCACCCAUGCCCUCGAUGCCGCUGGCACAAUGAGCAACCCAUCCUCAUCAGACCUGCUGAUUCAGUGCGUCAGCCCAUCUGCAAUGCUUGUAUCUGUAGUAUUGCGUCAGGACAAGAGGUUCCGGUUACCCAUGGCGACGUCCAACACUGAGUUUAUCAUACGUCCACCGGGUACACCUGCGCCUAUUACUAUUCCUGCGAGAGCUGCGGAGCAUUGGAACGCGUGGAAAGCACUUCAUUGGAUUGUUGAAAAUUAUGGUAAAGAGUUCUCUCUUCCAUCAGUCAAUGUUCUUCAAGUAACAGCGGAAGAGGCGUUAGAGGUAUUGUUUGCAGUAGUAGAUGGAAAGAGAGGCUUUGGCAAGACUGUUCUGCAACAUCCCUUCAAGUAA